GUGUUUUGGCCCAACGGUCACAUGUUUCCUUUGUUGUGAGCAGUGGCAGAGACUGGUGGCUCCGGGAGACACCGGCGCAGCAGAGACUGUGGGGUCGCCGCUCGUGCUACUUCCAGCCUGCGCCGAGAGGUGUGGAAAUUUAAAUAACACGAAUACUUUGCCUGGGGCUUUAGUCAAGCAAAUGCUGAGAAGCUACAUAAAGAAGAUCCCUAGCAGCCAUUUCUCAACAAUUAUAUAGUCAACUGAUGUAACAAUGGUACUAAUAUUGGGACGCAGACUAAACAGAGAGGAUCUUGGGGUGCGUGAUUCCCCAGCAACUAAGCGUAAAGUUUUUGAAAUGGACCCCAAAUCUCUGACAGGUCAUGAGUAUUUUGACUUCUCUUCAGGAUCAUCCCAUGCUGAAAACAUACUUCAGAUAUUUAACGAGUUCCGAGACAGCCGCUUAUUCACGGAUGUCAUCAUCUGUGUGGAAGGAAAGGAGUUUCCUUGUCAUCGAGCUGUCCUUUCGGCAUGUAGCAGCUACUUCAGAGCCAUGUUUUGUAACGACCACAGGGAGAGCCGAGAAAUGCUGGUUGAGAUCAAUGGCAUUUUAGCUGAAGCUAUGGAAUGUUUUUUGCAGUAUGUGUAUACUGGAAAGGUGAAGAUCACAACAGAGAAUGUCCAGUACCUGUUUGAAACCUCCAGCCUCUUUCAGAUUAGUGUUCUCCGUGAUGCAUGUGCCAAGUUCUUAGAGGAGCAGCUUGAUCCUUGCAAUUGCCUAGGAAUCCAGCGCUUUGCUGACACCCACUCACUCAAAACACUCUUCACAAAAUGCAAGACCUUUGCAUUACAGACUUUUGAGGAUGUGUCCCAGCAUGAAGAAUUUCUUGAGCUUGACAAAGAUGAACUUAUUGAUUAUAUCUGUAGUGAUGAACUUGUUAUUGGGAAAGAGGAGAUGGUGUUUGAGGCUGUCAUGCGCUGGGUCUACCGAGCUGUUGAUCUGCGUAGGCCACUGUUGCAUGAGCUCCUGACACACGUCAGGCUCCCUCUCUUGCAUCCCAACUACUUUGUUCAGACAGUUGAGGUGGACCAGUUGAUCCAGAAUUCCCCUGAGUGUUACCAGUUGCUGCACGAAGCAAGACGGUACCACAUACUUGGCAAUGAAAUGAUGUCCCCCAGGACUAGACCGCGCAGGUCUACUGGCUAUUCAGAGGUGAUAGUUGUGGUUGGAGGCUGUGAACGAGUUGGAGGAUUUAAUCUUCCAUAUACUGAGUGCUAUGAUCCAGUAACAGGAGAAUGGAAGUCCUUGGCCAAGCUUCCAGAAUUUACCAAAUCAGAGUAUGCUGUCUGUGCACUAAGGAAUGAUAUUCUUGUCUCAGGCGGAAGAAUCAACAGCCGUGACGUCUGGAUUUAUAACUCACAGCUGAAUAUCUGGAUCAGAGUUGCUUCUCUAAAUAAAGGCAGAUGGCGCCACAAAAUGGCUGUCCUUCUUGGUAAAGUGUAUGUUGUUGGAGGCUAUGAUGGACAGAACAGACUUAGCAGUGUGGAGUGUUAUGAUUCCUUUUCAAAUCGUUGGACAGAAGUUGCACCACUUAAGGAAGCAGUGAGCUCUCCUGCAGUGACAAGCUGUAUAGGAAAACUCUUUGUGAUUGGUGGAGGACCUGAUGACAAUACUUGUUCUGAUAAGGUUCAAUCUUAUGAUCCCGAAACCAAUUCUUGGCUACUUCGUGCAGCUAUCCCAAUCGCCAAGAGGUGCAUAACAGCUGUCUCUCUGAACAACCUGAUCUACGUUGCUGGUGGAUUGACCAAGGCAGUGUAUUGUUAUGACCCAGUUGAGGACUAUUGGAUGCAUGUACAGAACACAUUCAGCCGACAGGAAAACUGUGGUAUGUCUGUGUGUAAUGGUAAGAUCUAUAUCCUGGGUGGAAGACGGGAAAACGGAGAAGCCACAGACACUAUUCUCUGUUAUGAUCCUGCCACAAGUAUCAUCACAGGGGUUGCUGCAAUGCCCAGACCAGUGUCCUAUCAUGGAUGUGUAACUAUUCAUAGAUACAAUGAGAAAUGCUUUAAGCUUUAAACCCAGGGUACCUCACAGAAGAACCUACGCCAGUCCAAGAGGGAAGUUUUAAAGCCUACCACGUAAGAACACAUCUCCGUUGUGCUAUAUGCAAAAAAUUAAUAAUCCUAAUGCCUUUCUGCCCGAAAUAAAAUAUCAUACCUUUAAUCCCAGCACCCAGAAGGCAAAGGCAGGUGGAUUUCCCUGAGUUUGAACCUAGCCUGGUCUAUAUAACAAGUUCUAGGUCAAUAAGGGCUACACAAUAAAACCUUGUCUCUAAAAGGUAAUUUGCCUAUGAAUACAUUUUUGCAUCUGUGAAAACUAUGUGAGGUAGGAAAGGACACCCAGUUGUAAACUUCUUGAGGAUUUGUGAACCGUCUUUUAGGAAAGUUCAUUUCUUUUUUGUCAGUUAUGUAGAGAAUAAUUGUAUGACUGAAGCUUCAUUUAGUUUGAAUUGCCUAAUGUUAACGUUUAGAACUCAUUGUGAGGGGAAGAAAUGAGUUUUAAACAUCUCUGUCUCUGACCUUAUCCAUACUGGUUAAUUUCAUUGAAGGUGUUUUUGUUUGUUUGUUGUUUAUUUUUCUAGUUGUAAAAAUGUAGUGAUAAUUCAGCUACCAUAAAAUAUCAAAUUUUAUGACGUUUUAGACUAUUGUCUGUCAUUAAAUACUUUUUGUGAGUUUAUGUAAGAGAUAUAAAGUGAGGAGACUUAAAUUACACAUUAGUCCUUAAGGAAAAAAAUAAAAUAACUAAUGAAGAAGAAAAAAUGUGAUCCACUUUGGUUCUCAGGGUAUUUAAUGAAUCAUUUGAGUCCACUAAAGAAGUUCUUCCCUUGAAACUAACAGAGGAGUUGAGAUCCCUUUUACAGAUCCAGGAGGUGGUGCACACCUGCUUCCAGGCUCUGAAAGGUACAUCCAAAGAAACCAAAUUGAGACUGAAGAGUUGGCUCAGUGUUUAAGAGCUCUUGCAGAGAAUUCUGGUUUGACUCCUAGCACCCAUAUUGGAUGGUUCACAAAGGCCUAUCAUCUAGUUCCAAAGAAUCCAACACCCUCAAGUCUCCCUGGACACCUAUAGGCAUGUGGUACACAUAAAUUCACAUAGACACACAUAUGUAUAUAAAAGAAAUAAACCUUUAAAAAAUACAUUUUGUAAUACUGCUAUGAGAAAAAGAUAAAUUUGCUGCCUACCCAGCCCAGUUAAGUUGACCUUCCUUGUUUGAUGCUUUGUCAAGGACCUCUUCCCUGCCUUGUAAGCAUCUACAAUCCUAGGAGUCUCUACACCCGAUUCCUAAUAACCUAGAGCAGAGGUCACUUUGCUUAGUGGGCCACUUGUUUGUAAGUUAGCACUGAGCAGCACUGGCCAACAGCAGUUACAGUCUUAUGAGAGAACUCUUGUAUUUGGGAGCCAUUGUAUAAAAUAUUGGUCAACAUUUUCAAAUUUCUAUUUAAAAAUUUUUUCCUCUAGGUUUUCCACCUCCAUUUUAUAAAGCUUAGCAGUUUUCAAAGGGAAAUACAAAAGUUUUUUCUUAGAAAUAUAAGUGGGCACAGUAGGAACUAGCUGAAUUAAUUAUUGUCACUGCUGUGUGGACUGACAAGAAUUUACAAUGCUGGAGGUUGUCCCAGCUGUGUUUAACUUCCCUUGUCAGUGACUAGAGUGUCAUUAGAUUUCUGCCAAAAUUCAGGUAAUCAUCAGAAGCCUGGUUAAUUUCAUUGAAGGUGUGUUUGUUUGUUUUUGUUUGUUUGUUGUUUAUUUUUCUAGUUGUAAAAAAUGUAGUGAUAAUUCAGUUACCAUAAAAUACCAAAUUUUAUGACGUUUUAGACUGUUGUCUGUCAUUAAAUACUUCCUCAUCUUAGAAUAAUACACACAUUUCUUAAGAGUCAGUGCUUGUUUGGGAUCUAAAUUCUGGGGAAAACACUAGAAAAUACAUUCACGAAAUUGUUUUCAAGUCAUAAAUUUUAAAUGAUAUAACUGAUAACUAUAGAAGCAAUUCAGAAAACAAUUAUGUCAGUUGAGAGACAGUUCUAUGUACAAUUUAGGGUAUUUGUACUGUAAUUUUAUAGUAAAUAGCUGCAUUAUACUUUCAUUAGAUAAUGGAAAAACUUUCAUUCAGAAAUUCUUAAUAGUAAAAUGUGUGAACAAAGGUGUUUUUGUAAAUGCUUAGGAUUCUACAAAUGAUAAUUGUUAUGUUCAUGUAUAUUUGUAAGAUUGUGUCCAUUGAGAAAUACAUUAUAUAAAAGACUUUCUCAAAGUAAA